AUGUCGUGUACCGAUGGAGAUGAACAGUGGACUAGCUCCCAAGGGGACUGUGCAAUCGACUUGUCGUGUGAUGGCAUAGCAGUCCCAGUGAAAGGUGUCAUCAGGGUGGCUGGAUUCCGUGGUGAGUGUGAUCAGCUGCCCGCGGUUGACGAGCUCACCGAAGUGGUGUUGGACUCAGGCGCAGAUGAGUCGUGCUUACCUUAUGCGUUUGCACAUGUGGGUUGCAAAGCAAGCACAAACCAGCGUGCCAACUUCUCCGACGCACAAGGGAACCCGUUGAAGGCUUAUGGAUGGCGGUAUGCACAGGUUGUCCUCGACAAUGGGGUCACCUUUCGUGAACGCUUUCUGGUGACAGAUGUGACGUCACCUUUGCUUGCAUGCGGAAAAUUGUACAAGGCUGGAUGGAGCGUUCUACACGAAAACAAUGAGAUUGUGUUGGCCAAGGGCUCCCGAAAGGUGCCCGUGCGCUUCAGACACAACAGCCUUGUUGUGGAUGGGUGCAUCAGAGUUGUGACAAGCAAGCCGCCUGAGAGCGUCGUGCGUGCGGUCAGCUUGAACCCUGUCCUUGAAGGUAUGGUCAGCAGCGGCAGUGAGUUCUUCGAGGAGCUGAUCCCAGGAGUGCAAGGGCUCAAAUGCGAGUCCAAUGCAUACCUUGAUGUGACGUUGUAUCUACCGAUGGAAGGCAUGCAGUACCGCACCACUUUGGUUUGCAUAGAUCCUGUAAUGCGCAUUUGGGAGCUUUGGGAACUGUGUCGGGACAUAACAACUUUAGAUGUGCUUGAUGAGCAAUUUGAUGAUGGCAUAGAGCGCACAGUUCUGACCAUUGCCUCCAGGGAAGCUUUGACCGCAGAGCAGCUUGGGAUUGUUGUGCAGGGCGAUGUGCCUGAGGUGCCGGAUGUUGCAAUGAGUGCGCCAGCACAGGCAUCAGGUGAAGGCGAGGUUGCAAGCGAUGCGCAGCAGGCUGCGCAAGGUGGCAUUGGCUCGCCUCCUUUCGAGUCUACUGUCCCAGGCACCCCCGACCUUGAAGCUUUGUUUGCAAGUGAUGUUGAAAAUGAGAAGCAGCACCAUGAUGGUGCAAAUGUGCCUGUGGACCAGCAGGUAGCCUUGGAAGCUGCAACGCGGGAUGAUGAUAUGUCUGGUGACUUCAUUGAAGUGAAUGGGGUCAGAGUGACAGCCGAAUCGGCAUUGAGCGUCAUGCGCAAAGCCUGUGAGUACCUUAACAUUGGCCGCUCAGGUGGUAAAGUCAAGGUGUACAAAAGGUUGUGUGAUCACUUGAAGCGUCUUGAACUUGCCGAGGGUGUACGCCAGAAGCAAGAGCUUGCACAGGCUGAAAGUCGUGAGCCCCGCGAGGUUCCACUUGUGAAGGAGCCGACACUGCAUGAACGGUUGCAACACAAUCUGACCCAUGCACCAUAUCGCGAAUGGUGCCAACACUGUGUGAUGCACAAGGCACGAAGUGAUCGAGCGAGUGCCACUGCUGAGCCCAAACGGGCUGUUUCAAUCCUCUCCUUCGACUUUGGGUUCACAGGUCGUGAUCUUGACCCAGAGAACAAACUCAUCACCUUGUGUGUCAAGGACCGUGCUACAGGCUGGCGAGAGGCCAUCCCCACCAAACGCAAAGGCGGUCCUGAGAGCAUCAAGUUUCUCACUAGCGAGGUCGUCCGACUGUGCAAUGUGCUUGGAUACAAUGACGUGACUAUACGUUGCGACCCCGAGCCCAGUUGCAGGACCCUUCAACAGGAGGUGCAGAAGGCCAGAGGUCGACUUGGCCAAAGGACGAGGCUGGAGCAGUCAGGCGAGGAGGAGAAGGCAUCAAACGGUGCAGCCGAGGAAGCAGUGGAAUCCACCAGGCAGCAGACAUGUGUGCUGUUGAGUGCAUAUGAGCACAACACUGGCAAGCAAGUGAGCAGCCUGCACCCACUUCACGCGUGGGCGGCCCGGCACGGGUCGUGGUUGCUAAACAGGUUUAUUGUUGCGCGAGACCAGCAGACACCGUUUGAAUGCACUUUUCAGUCUCCCUACACGGGGAAACUUGUCGAGUUCGGUGAGUGUGUGAUGGCUAUGUGCCGCACAGCAAUGACAAACAAGCCUGUGAAAGGAUCUGCGAAAUGGGUCCGAUCGAUGUGGUUGGGCAAGGCCAAUGCUAGUGAUGGACACUUGGUUGUGACAGCAGGCGGUAAACUCCUCAUCACUCGUUCGAUCCGCCGCACGCCUGAGCGCUGGGAUCCUACUUUGCAUGAUUGCAUCAAGCCUUUGGCUCUAGCGACGCCUCCAGCGCAUUUUGUGCACGGCCAGGGAAAUCCAUGUGCUGAAGGGGCUCUCGCCUACUCGGGAGCUCUGGACCGGCUGAGGGCUGCUGUGGGUGGCAGCCUUGGCUACAAUACUUCAGGAACCAUGUGUGAGCUUCGAGAGGAGAGUGCCGUGAGUGAUGAGCCCAUUUUGGGCUGUGGUGAAUCUGGCUGCAGCUGUGUGGCCACUUCUACCGGGAAGGGCGAUCGCCUUCUUGUGAGCGAAAGUGCAGGUGAUGUUGAGAAUGGGAGCGAGUUGCAGGCGGCCUCAACGAGGACACCGUCUACGGCUCGAUCCACCCGGGUGACUUCAUGCAAUGUCGGCGGCCGCGGCAGGGCGCUGGAACGAGAUGGCCAUUGUGGGCGGAGAGUUCGCUGGCGUCGGGGCUCGCAGUCUCGGCUUUGUGGCGACCGCGCUGGCUGCUUCAUCGUGGACGCCUCGGCGGAGCUCUGUUGCAGGACAAAGAGCUGCCAUUGGCAGUCAGAGCGGGCACUUGUUGCACAUGUGCCACCCCCGAACCUCAAGCUGCUGUGCCUCCUCCGUUGCGCCAUGGCAUUGGAGGGACCAACACUUCAGGAUGCGACUCCGAUCCAGCCACUGAGAGCCGUGCUGCUGCUCCUGGUGGUCGGGUUGUUCCGAAAGGGCCGAGGAAAUCCACUGGUGAUGCGCAGCUGGCGGGCAACUCCGAGGCUUUCGCUGAGAAUCGAGCCGUCUGCCGUGCUGCUCCGCCCGGUGGUCAAGUGCUUCCGAAAGGAGCGGGAAUAUCCACUGGUGCUGCGCAGCUGGUGGGCCUUUCUGCUUCUACUCCUGCCGAUGGCCUUCAGGGCAGUGCUGGCCUUGCUGGAGGUGAUCUUCAACUUUGUGUGUUGCGACUGCAAGACGGCCCCUGGAUGCCGUGCCAAUGGUGCUGGAGCUCUUCGCCAGGACCUUGCGGAGGACAAAGAGCUGCCAUUGGCAGUCACACUGGGCACUUGUGUUGCUUGCGCCACCCCCGAACCUCAAGCUGCGGUGCCUCUUCCUCUGCGCCAUGGAGGGCCCACUGCUUCAGGAUGCGACUGCGGCGCUGGUGCUGGCGCCACCUUAGCCCGUCGGGCUCCCCUGGGCCUCCCUCGCGACUCCUGUGCCGCCAUGGUGGUUCCCAGUGUGGGCGCGAGCUCUUCGACCUCUACUUUGGCUGCUGGGCUUGCUGCCGACGAUUCGGCCUUCGGCGGUGAGGCUGACUCUGCUAGGCCUGGUGGGCCGUCUUGGUCCUCGGCUACUCCGGCGAAGGUUGGGCUCCGACCUGGUUCGAGGGCUACCGCUUCGACUACUUCAACUUGCUGUGCUGCGUGUUCCACGGCGGCUUUCACCACCGCUGAUCAGGGCAACGACGACGUGGACCUCCGAGACUGUGGCUUCAACGGCGUCUUCUACCAGUUUGAGGCUUCUCUCAAAAAAUGGCCUGAGAAGGAGAAGCUACCCUGCCCCGGGACAGGCUUCCCAGGCUGUUCUUUUGGGCUACGCUUGGGCAAGGUGUUCGGCUCCUGCGGCUUCGACGGAGUGGCGGACCUUCGAGCGCUUGGGGUUGCUACAUUGCUACUUCCUCGGCUACCUCAACCCGCCGUUCUACGUGGGCCGGUCCAGCUGGCAGGGAGUGUUGUGCAGCGCAUGUGCAUUCCAGUGAAGCAGCUUUGUCAUGACUGGAAAAAUGCAACGAGAAUCGGCGAAGCGAGCCAUCCCGGACCCUCCCCCGCCAGUGGGAGUGCCGGGCUGCUUGACGGAUUAGGUCUCAAAGACUUGAUUCGUGAUAUGGUGAGGGAGGCUGUGAAGGAGGCGCUCCGUGAAGCCUUCGGCUCUGGGCUGGGUGCUGCCUUUGCUAGUGCGACCCCGUCCGUGCCUGCCUCUGCUGCUGCUCCUGCCCCGCCGGCAGCCAAGGGUCGAGAGAACCGAGGCGACAAAGGCAAAGGCAAGAGUGAGAAGGGCAAAGGCGGGCCGGGCAAAGGCGACAAGGGCUCGUCGGCUCAGGGCGGCGAGGCUGGACAGCGACCGGCUAAACCAAACAAACCGGGCAAAGGGCGAGGCGCGGCCCCCGCCCCUCCAAAGCCAGACACUGACGAUGGCGACUGGAAAGUUGUGAAGCGGAAGCCCGCUGCACAGGAAGAGUUCGUUCUCAGGCAACAAGACUGGGAUGCACCGUUGAUGCUUUUCAGUGAGGUUGCCAAGGCGAUUGACGACACGCCGCCUACUGUCACCUUUAAAGCGGUAGUGCGCUGUGGGGUCGAUCAGAGAGCUGUGCUCAGCCGCCUUUUAUCGGGAUCCAAGCGAGACUACUGCGUGCUGGCGGUAACACUUGGUCGCGAAGAGGACCAAAAGGCAGACACCCAGCGACGAGUGCCGGGGCGGUCUGGUGACAGGCUUGUGUUUAGACCUGCUACGGUCAUGAAGUACAUCUCCAACGCGAAAGGCACCGCGCCGCAGCCUAAGGGGAUGCAACAGCAUGCUGUGAAAAUCGAGAAGAAACCAACCGAGGUCCUUGUUGUGCGAGUCUCAAAAACCUUUGCAUCGCAGCAGCUGUGGGAGAGUUUUGAGAAAGCUCCCCAGCGAGGGGUGGUUCAGUGGCUCGCCGAUAGGCACGUGCACCCUUUGGACAGCUUCGCCUGGAAGGCUGAGCAGGGCAGCGAGACGGGCCACCAGUUGUACGGCUUAGUCCGUCUUCUGAAACCCGAGGCGGAAGCGAUCUUGCAUGCUUCAGGACAGGACAGGGUCUUCCUUGAUCCCUCACGGUCCUUGGCCAUUCGCAGCAGGAUCAAUUGGGUGGAACGCACCAGCAAACAGGAGGCUCACGGCGAGUACCUCGCUCGAGCAGUGAAGUGUGCCGGAGACUUGGGUCUUGUAGUGAAGGGCAACAGGAUCGCCACACGCCACACCCUGACGAGUGGCGAUCGGGUUGCCAAGAUCUGGAUGUUCGAGCACGUGCCAAUGUCUGUGGACACCGAGCAGGCGAAAAGCAUCCUCGAGACCACCUUCCAAGACAUCGUCAUGAUGCGAGUCCGAGGAACCAAGGGUGAAAGAACCUUUUAUUUCAAGGGCUCCCAUGCUACCGAUCCUGAUGCCGACUUGGCCCCGAUCAACCUUGACACGGGCGAGGGACUGAUCACGACUUGGGCCAGAGUCGCUCCCCCACGUGCUGAGCGGGUCAAGCAGCGACAGCUGCCUGCUGUCGCCGUGCCUUUGGAAACCAAGCAGACCUACCGCGGUGGCACUCCCAUCGCGGUCCCCACUGAGGCCUCUGACGCCGCGACUGAGGGCAAUGAGGAGGCGAGCACUGCUAAGGACGGCGAGCCUGGCAACGCUUCGGAGGUCAAGUCGCACGAGAGACCCACGGGCGAGGAGCCUAAGGCGAAGAAGCUUGCGGUUUCUCCUGAGCUCCGGGCCAUUCCGGCUGGGAUGCGUCUGGAGGAACAACCCAAGGAUGGGGCAUGUGCAUUCCAUUGCUUCUCAGUGGGACUGCACAAGCUGUCGAAGGGGAAAAUCGACAAACACCCUCGACUUCUUCGAGCAGAGGCGGUGGAACACAUGACCAAACACUCGGAGGACUACCAAGCGUCGUGGGACAAGAAGGAUCCCACUGGAGCUCCCAUGGAGGACUGGUCUGCGUAUCUUACUGCUGUCAGUGCCGAGUCCAGCUACGUGUCGGACUUGGAGCUGCGCGCUCUCGCGCGUCUGUACGACACCCGAGUCGUCCUGAUACCAGCCAUGGCGUGUUUUCCUCCCGUGGUGUUUCACGCAGGGCAGCGCUCUCCCAAACGCCGACUGGUGCUUUGGUACAAGGACCGCCACUUGGACCUGCUUGUCCCUGAGGAGGGCAAAAAGGUCUCCGAAGAUGUCGGCUCCAUCACGGCCUCCAUCAACUAUGAGCUUCGUGUGGGCGGGCACCCGCGCUCGCACGCGUCGGCUGCGUCGUCCUCGGCGGGAUCCUGGGGUGGCCCUGGCACGGUCUUCACUUCCAGCUCUUCGUCUUCUUGGAGCACACCGGCAGGCACAGUGUGGACGCAGGGGGCUGGCGCUUCAGGUGCUGGGCCCACGCAGGCCACUCUUGGCAGUGCAGCUGCUGACGACUGCUUCGAGGAGGAGGCUGGGCAGGACUCCGUUGCUACCAAGGCUAAGCCGAAGCCUAAGUUUUACUGGCAGGGGCACGGGGUCAAGAAGCUGAGGGUCUUCCGUUGUGAGCUUUGUGCGUACUCGGUUGCUGUGAGCAGUCCUUCGGACCUCUGUAACAAACGUUGGCUGCACUGCACUCGCUACCAUCAGGGCGAAGGACUGCCGGGGCGGAAGUCCCGCUCGAUCGAUUACAUCGGACCCAUCAAGAGGGGUGCUAAGGUCGCUUGGCGCUGCCCGCUAUGUCCUCAUGGACUGGCGGAGGCCAUUCGGUCCGGCCUCUCCGCCUCUGCCAUCACUAAGGCAAAGCGCCGCCAUCGGGAUCUACACCACUCCGAGAUCCCGCUCAGCAAGUGGCACCGCUUAUGCCGGCCUCGUGUGGGCAGUGAGAUUGCCUUGGAGCGCACUGAGCUCUGGUGUCGCAAGCGGCCCGAAAAGCACGGCAUGCAGGAGGCUGCUCUGAACAGCCUCUUCGAGGCCGCUCGUGGCCAGGACUUCGGGGCUGAGGCGUUUUCUCUCCAAGAGCUCGACCUCACGCCUCUGGAGGUGCCGCGCUACGUGCAUGCGUGGAGGCAGGCAGGAUACCAGCCUUUUCCCUUGCAAGGGUCUCUGGCGGCCACUCGGGUGGCGGCAGGCCUGGUGCAGGUCCAGUCGGGCGGGAGGGCCAGACCUCUGAUCCUCGCGGCCAUGUAUGGUUUCCCAGAUGACCGUAAAGCCACGGAGCAGGUGGUACAACAGUUUCUGGACGAGGUGCGCCCCUGGAGGUGCAUGUUCGUCCUCUUUGGGGACUUCAACUGGCAGCGCGGCGAAGGCGGGCUCGUGGACGACCUCUUCUCCUCGGGCCAGUUGCGUUGCCUCGACGACUCCUUCGACGGCCAUCCGCUCGUGGCCACCACUCGGGUGGAUCACGAAGAUGGCCCUGCGGACCAUAUGGCAGUGCGCUACACGUUGGACUUUGACUUGAACUUUCAAGGCCAUCGGCUUCCAGCGAGGGCCCCUUUUGUCACUGACCGCAGCGUCGAGGACAUCGAGGCCAGCUUUAAGGCGGCGUGGGUGGAGCGGGACUUCACCGACUGCUUGCAGGAUGGGCGGCUGGACGACGCCUGGGGCGUGCUUUCGGGCGCGGCCGAGGUGGCUCUGGGCGCGGAGCGUGGCAGUGGCGACCCUCGGGCUUUCGAGCCUGUGCCCGAGCCGUGCGAGGAUCGUCGUCGCUCUCUUCGUGCUCCCAAGGCCUCGCGGGGCCUGGCAGGCCUGCGACGGCUCCAACGACGACUCAAGCAGCUCGAGUUGGAGCCCGAGGACGCCAACCUGAGACGAUGUGUGAAGGCUUCGCUGUCGGGCCUCCGUGAGCUGGUACCGCAGCUCCCCUACUUCGCCGGCGACCUCUCCGAGGCCGGUGCAGUGGUGGAGCAACUGGUGCAGGAGCUCCACACCCAGGAGGUCCAGGCGAGUGUUGAAGCGUGGCAAGCGACGGAGAAAUCGUUCGCUCACUCUUGUGCUUGGAUUAAACGCAAAGCUGAUCAGGCACGAGCAUGUUUUCAGGAACCCAAAGAGCUCCGGGCCGCGGUCGCUACACAUCCAACGAGCAUUUUGGCGAGCCAAGGUGCACAGUGGUCCUCCACGUGGACACGCCCCACGGGCCGGGCUUUCCCCGACGAGGCUUUCAGGAAGAUCUUAGCUGACAUUCCCCGACCGGAGCAGCAGGACAUCGCGUUGUGUGUUUCGGGGGAUGCCCUUCACAAAGCUACGAAAAAGAUGAUCAAACGCUCUGGCGGUGCAGAUGACUGGCAAGCUUGCGACCUGCUUCGUCUUCCAAUGGGCUUCUGGGAAGCCACAGCCAAGCUGUGGAACCAUGCUCUUGAGCAUGGCCAACUCCCCUCUUCCUGGACUAACGCGCUGGUGGUGCUCAUCCCUAAACCCGACGGGCGCACCAGGCCCAUUGGACUGAUGUCGCUGCUCUGGAGGGCCGGGGCACGUGUGUUGGUGAGGCAGCUCCGUGCCUGGUCCAGUUCCUGGGCUACAGCACAGGCGAUGGGCGGCAUGGCAGGCGUGGGCGUCUCUGACGCGCACGUCCAGGGCUUUACGUCCCAGGCUUUUGCUAAGGUCGACACCGGAGUGGUACAGGGCUGUCCUCUCAGCCCGUUGCUCUCUUUGCUGGUGGGGCAGGCAUGGGCAACUUAUGCCGUGGGACACCUGUCUAGCAUCACUGCGAUGGUGUAUAUAGACGAUAGGGUGCUAUGGCCGACGGCCUGGCAGCCUAAUGCAGAGGCGGACAUGCGCACAGCCCUUGGCCGCUCUGACUUCUUCGACCAGGCUUUGGAACUGCAGUGCAAACCGGAGAAGUGCGCGCUCGCGCACGACCCUGAGGACUCUUCCAUGGUUGCCUUGGCUGCGGCGAGAGGGUACCAGUGCCAAUCGGUGCUGGAGUUCCUCGGCAUUCGUUUCGACCUGGUGUCUCAGGAGUGCACCCCGCUGAAGCUCGACCUUGGCAAGCUGAAGUGGAGGAUCCGAUACAUCCAGCGCCUGGGGGCUCCGCUGCCUGUGCUGCAGCAGUUGGUCUCCUCUUUGGUGGGAGCGGCGCUCUACUGGGCAGGCGGAGUUGCGCAGCCGCGAGAGGAGGACCUUCGCUGCAUCGCGGACGAGCUCUACCACCUCUUCCAGGCGAACUUCUUGCGUGACACGCCACGGCUUCUUCUUCACGAGCUGCUUGGCUGGCGCACUGAGCCUCACUUCGCCUGUGACUUGGCGGCCUUCCGCGCGGUGGCGCGGUACAUGACCGGUGCUUUGGCCUGGAGGGACCACGUCCCGCUCGCCGAAGCCUUCGAUGGGUGGCGUCAGGUGCUUCCUCUGGCUGCGCAGGCGGCCGAUCGCUUUGGCUGGCAGGUCCUGCAGGGCGGCAAGCAGUUGAUGCGCUACGACGACCUCGACAGGCAGCGCUUCUACCACUUCGGCUUUGACUCCUUCCAGGUGCUCGAGGACUGGCUCUGCAUCGAGUACCGGCGUAUGUUCCUCAACCGUUGUGGGCGAGUUCGGCAGCGGCUGCAUCGCGAUGGCAACUUUGCUUCGGGCCUGGACCUCCCGGCCCCUGGGACGAUUGAUCUUCGCUUCGAGGGCCACCGCAAGGUUUUCCAUCAGGCUCCAAACCUCACAGCCCGCAGGGCUGCUGCUGGAACCGGCUGCUCUGUCUGGUAUUGGACCGCAGGGAUGAAGCUGAACCCCGGCGAUGCGCGCACUGUCUGCCUUUGCGGAGCGCAGCAGCCCAGCCGGGCACACUUGACCUGGUCGUGCCCCAAGACGGCGCAUCUGAGGCAAGGCUUGGCCAUGCCCAAGAACAGAUCCGAGGAGCGACUGAUGGCAAAGGCGCUCCCGCAGUGGCCUCCUGCACCGGUGAGCCUCGAUGAGGAGGACUUUGUGGAGCAGCUGGCGGCUGAUGCCAUGUCUGCGGCCCUGGAGGCCGAAGCUCUUUCAGGUGGUGCCUUUGAUUUCCAGGACUUCGAAGGUGAUUUCCCUGACCGCUGGAUGAUUGCUGCUACGGACGGCUCCGCCUGCGACGGGGUUGCUGCCUACAGUGUGGUUUUCCCGGGAGGCCGUGGGGGUGGGAGUGGCGAUUCCAGUGAGGAUCAAACUCCUUUCCGAGCGGAGCUCAAGGCCCUGGUGAUUCUCUUCAAGGCGCUGCUCUCGAGGCCCUUGGGCGUCCGAGCAACUCAUGCCUGCCGCUUCUUGCUGAGGAGGCUGCCAGGCUCAGACGCACGCCAGGCCAUGGGGCGACGCCUCUCAGGUUCCUUACGCAGUCGAUGGAAGCCUCUGGCAGAGGAGGCCGAGGCGUGGGAGCGCAAUGCUCUCUACGCCUCAGCACACGCGAGCGAUGUGUAUCAUUCGACUUUUGGUCAGGUGCUUCGAACGACUUGCCUUGCUUCAGGUUGCGGUCAGGACUGCGAUGGCCUCGAGCGGUGCGGUGGUUUCUCCGUGGCUACGGUGGCGAUGGCUGCGCUCCGGGCGUGCGGCGCCGGCGUGGGCAACACCUUAGCCCUUCGGGCUCCCCUGGGCCUCCCUUGCGACCUCUGUGCCGCCAUGGUGGCUUCAAGCGCGGCUGCGAGGGCCUACGACUCCCUCGACUUCCACGCCUUGCUGCUCCUCGUGUGCUGCGACGGCUCCUCCUUCACGGGCGAUCUGGAUGUUUCCGUGGACUUUCGGGACUUUCGCUUCAACGGCGGCUUCUACCAGCUAGGGACCUGGUCUCUGGCCUUGCUGUUCCUCGUGUACCGCGGCGGCUACUACAUGGGCGAGCUGGGCAACGACUACCUGGACCUUCGGGACUUUGGCUACAACGGCGUCUUCUACCAGUGGGGGCGGCUCGUGGGUCAGGUCUCGGGCUUGUGCGACUUUGGCGGAGUGGCGAUCUUUCGUCUUUGGACCGAAGAGACGGCAAUUUUUUGUCUAACCGGGUCUAUUGGGUACGACGGCGACUUCUACCAGUGGGGGCAGCUGGGCCUGGUCUCGGGCUUUUGCGACUGUGGCGGGGUGGCGAACCUGCGCCUUUGGUCGGCGGCUUCUUCCACCACUUCAACUUGCUGCGCUUUGUGUACCACGGCGACUUCUACCACCGAGGACCUGGGCUUCGACUACGUGGACCUCCGGGACUUUGGCUACAACGGCGACCUCCACCAGUUGGGGCUGCUCUUGGGCACGGUCCUUGGCUCUGGCAGCUUUGACGGGGCGGCGGGCCUUAGUGUGGUACGGUCGGCUGCUCUCUCGGCUAUCUCAACCUGCUGCUCUGUUGGGGCCUCUGCGGGGGCGGCUUGGACGACGACUUCGGGAACCUCUGGGACUUUGCCUUCUUCGGCGGCUUCUUCCUGUGAGGGCUGCUCGAGGGCUGAGUCUACGUUUCCAGACACUGCUGAUGGGUGUGAUGCUGCUGCUACGACACCCUGCACUUUCUGCUCUUUCAGCUUUGGCGAGCUCCUGGAGUGCUGCUGGCUUCGCCGCUGGCCUGCACGUCGACUGAUUUCCUACGACGAGCUCUGCUGA